AUGGUUUUCCCCAAACCAAAGUAUCAGUGUCGUUACUUUUCUUCAACCACAGCCACAGCCACUCUCGUCUCUUCUUCUUCAAUUUCCAAUGACGCUCUCAUUGGGGAGAAAGCAAUCGCGUACCUGAAACGCCACCCUCAAAUGCUCACAUCACUCUCUCCUCACUUCACUCCCCAAGCUGCAUCCUACGUUCUCCUCCACUCCCAAUCCGAUCAACGCAUUCUCCUCAAAUUCCUCUCAUGGGCCCAAGCCCAGGCUCAGGUUCAGGCUCACCAUUUCCUCAGCCCGCAUUGCAAGUGUCUCGCCCUCCACAUCCUCGCGCGCUUCAAGCUCUACAACAUCGCCCACUCCCUCGCAACCACCCUCCUCCACCACACCGCCGCCGACCUCUUCCGCCACCUCCACGACACUUACCACCUCUGCAACUCCUCCUCCUCCUCCGCCGCUGCUGCGUUCGACCUCGUCGUCAAAUCCCUCUCCACCCUCGACUUCCCCGACAAAGCUCUCGCCGUCCUCCACCUCGCCACCCGCCACGGCUUUGCCCUUGCCGUCCUGUCCUACAACGCCAUCCUCCACGCUCUUCUACGCCGCGUUCAACACAAAGACUCCCUCCGCCACGCCCAACAACUGUUCCGUGACAUGAUCCGCAAUGGUGUGUCGCCGAACGUGUACACUUACAACGUCAUGAUUCGUGGCGUCGUUGCCCGGGGAGACUUGGAGAAGGGGUUCGGGUUCUUGCGCGAGAUGGAGAGGGAAGGGAUUUCGCCGAAUGUAAUUACUUACAACACGCUGAUUGACGCAUGUUGCAAGAGGAGGAUGAUGAAGGAGGCGAUGGUGUUGCUGAGAGAGAUGGCGGCGAGGGGCGUGGUUGCGAAUUUGAUUUCGUACAAUUCGGUGAUUAAUGGAUUGUGUGGUGAAGGGAGAAUGAGAGAGGUUGGAGAAUUGGUUGAGGAGAUGAGUGAGAGAGGGUUUAUUCCUGAUGAGAUCACGUAUAAUACUCUUGUUAAUGGGUUUUGUAAAGAGGGGAAUUUCCAUCAGGGGUUUGUGCUGCUUUCGGAGAUGGUUGGGAAGGGGUUGUCUCCAAAUGUUGUUACUUAUACUACUUUGAUCAAUUGUAUGUGUAAGUCUGGGAAUUUGAGUCGAGCGAUGGAGAUUUUCGAACAUAUGCGUGUUAGGGGGUUGAGGCCGAAUGAGAGGACUUACACUACCUUGAUUGAUGGGUUCUGCCGGCGAGGGUUGCUGAAUGAUGCUUAUAAGGUUUUGAGUGAGAUGAUUGUUAAUGGAUUUUCGCCGUCAGUUGUGACUUACAACGCCCUUGUCCAUGGAUAUUGCUUUCUGGGAAGGUUGGAGGAUGCUGUGGGGAUUUUGAGGGGGAUGGUUGAGAGGGGGUUGUGUCCUGAUGUUGUUAGUUAUAGCACUGUUAUAGCUGGGUUUUGCCGAGAGCGAGAGCUAGGGAAAGCGUUCCGAAUGAAGGAGGAGAUGGUUGAGAAGGGUGUUUUCCCUGAUGAAGUUACAUAUUCGUCGCUCAUACAGGGUCUUUGUCUGCAGCAGAAACUGGUGGAAGCUUUUGAUUUGUUCCGAGAGAUGCUGCACAGGGGUCUCCCGCCUGAUGCGGUUACGUAUACUAGUUUGAUUAAUGCUCAUUGCGUUGAGGGUGAGUUGAGUAAAGCUCUUGGUUUGCACGAUGAAAUGAUGCAGAGGGGGUUUUUGCCUGAUGAUGUUACCUAUAGUGUGCUUAUUAAUGGACUUAAUAAAAAGGCUAGGACAAAGGAAGCAAAGAAGCUUCUUCUGAAAUUGUUUUAUGACGAGUCUGUACCAAAUCAUGUAACAUACAAUACACUGAUCGAAAACUGCAGUAAUAAUGAAUUUAAGAGCGUGGUAGGUCUUGUGAAAGGAUUCUGCAUGAAGGGUUUGAUGAAUGAAGCAGAUCGAGUUUUUAAGACAAUGCUUCAGAGGAAUCAUAAGCCUAAUGCAACAAUUCAUAAUUUAAUAAUACAUGGACAUUGUAGAAGCGGAAAUGUUCACAAGGCAUAUAAUAUGUAUAUGGAGUUGGAACAUUAUGGUUUUGUUUCUCAUACAGUGACUGUAAUUGCUCUUCUUAAGGCUCUAUCUAGGGAAGGGAUGAAUGAUGAGCUGAGUCUCGUAUUGCAAAAUGUAUUGAGGAGUUGCAAGCUGAAUGAUGCUGAGGUAGCUAAAGUUCUUGUUGAGGUUAACUUUAAAGAAGGUAACAUGGAUGCUGUUUUGAAUGUGCUAACUGAAAUGGCCAAGGAUGGCCUACUACCUGAUGGUGGAAUGCAUUCAUUUGCUCCAGCAACUACCUAA